UGUCCUAGCUAGCUAGCUGCUAAAUAUAUACUUCACUCCGGAAUUCCCUUCCCUACAAUAUUUCUGUCCUCUCAUGCAUCUUCUUCAAUUCCAACACGUCAACCAGUUCAUUAAUUCAUGAUCAUUGGCCAUGGCUAGCAUCAAACACCGUCUCGUCAUACCCUUGGCAAAUACAGUACUCCUCUUCCUCACUCUCAACCACAAGUACUCCUUCGCCGCCGGCGCCGCCGAUGGCCAAACAUUCAUCUACUCCGGUUUCUCCGGCACCGGCAUCAUCGUCGAUGGGCUCGCCUCCGUGGAGCCCAACGGUCUCCUCCAGCUGACCAACGGCACGGUCCAGCUCAAAGGCCACGCCUUCCACCCUACCCCUCUACAAUUCCACAAACCCACCACCGGCAUCGCCAAUGCCUCGGUGAGCUCCUUCUCUGCGUCCUUCGUGUUUGCGAUCCGGUCAAUCGCCCCUGCCGUGAGCGCCCACGGGCUGACCUUCUUCGUCUCCCCGACGAACAACCUCACCUCCGCCUUCUCCAACCAGUUCCUGGGCCUCUUCAGCAAGAAGAACAAUGGCAACGCCACGAACCACAUCUUCGCCGUGGAGCUCGACACGGUGCAGAGCAACGACAUGCUGGACAUGAAUGACAACCACGUCGGCAUAGACGUGAACGGCCUCAUCUCCAUCAAGGCCGCCGCCGCGGGUUACUACGACGACCGCAACGGCAGCUUCAGCAACCUCACGUUGUCCUCCUUCAACGCCAUGCAGGCCUGGGUGGACUACAACGGCAAGAGCAAGCUCAUCACGGUGACUUUGGCUCCUGUUGGCAUGGCGAGGCCCAGGAAGCCAUUACUGAAGACAACCUACGACCUGUCUAAGGUAAUCGAGGAUAAAUCCUACGUGGGGUUCUCUUCGUCCACCGGCAUCCUCGACUCGCACCAUUACGUGCUUGGAUGGAGCUUUGGCAUGGACCAGCCAGCUCCGGUCAUUGAUGUCUCCAAGCUGCCCAAGUUGCCACGUCUCGGCCCAGAGCCUCAAUCCAAGCUGUUGGUGAUCGUGUUACCCAUAGCUAGUGGAGUCUUCGUGUUUGCUGCCGUGGCCACGGCGGUUCUUCUCCGGAGACGGCAGCUCCAGUACGCGGAGCUAAGGGAGGACUGGGAGGUGGAGUUCGGGCCGCACCGGUUCUCGUACAAGGACCUAUUCAAGGCCACCGAGGGGUUCAAGGACAAGCACCUCCUAGGCAUUGGAGGCUUCGGCAGGGUCUACAAGGGGGUGCUAAAGAAAUCCAAGUCGCCGGUAGCGGUGAAGAAGGUGUCCCACGAGUCCCGGCAGGGCAUGCGUGAGUUCAUCGCCGAGGUGGUCAGCAUGGGCCGGCUAAGGCACAAGAACGUCGUGCAGCUGUUGGGCUACUGCCGCCGGAAAGGUGAGCUCCUGCUUGUCUACGACCACAUGCCCAAUGGCAGCCUCGAUAAGUACCUUCACUACAACAACAGCCCUGCACCCAAUGGCAGUAGACCUAUUAGCGGUACAAAUCGGAUGGCGAGUUUAACUUUAGAUUGGGUACAGAGGUUCAGGAUCAUCAAGGGUGUGGCCUCCGGGUUACUUUACCUGCACGAGGACUGGGAGCAGGUGGUGAUCCAUCGUGACAUCAAGGCCAGCAACGUGCUUCUCGACGCCGAGAUGAAUGGCCGGCUCGGCGACUUCGGGCUCGCUAGACUCUACGACCAUGGCACCGACCCACAGACAACCCACGUGGUCGGCACCAUGGGGUACAUCGCCCCGGAGCUAGCACGCAUGGGCAGGGCAUCCACGCUCACCGACGUCUUCGCCUUUGGCGUCUUCCUCCUCGAGGUCACCUGCGGCCGGAGGCCGAUCGAGCAGAAGGAAGGAGUCGACCAGGACUCCCCGAUCUUGCUCGUUGACUGGGUCCUCCAGCACUGGCGUGACGGGUCCCUGGCUAACAUGGUGGACCAGAGGCUUAUGGGGGGUUAUGACGUCGAUGAGGCCUGCCUGUCGUUGAAGCUGGGGCUCCUGUGCUCCCACCAGCUGCCCUGCGGGAGGCCGAGCAUGCGGCAGGUCAUGCAGUACCUCGACGGUAACGCGCCGUUCCCUGAGGGGACCUUGGAGCAGAUUAUGGUGAACAGACCAGGGUCGGAACCCAGCGUCGCGUCAUCUCCACCGCCGUCGACGAGCUUCGGCACGAUAUCAGUUGAUCUCUCUGGAGGUAGAUGAUCGAUGAUGCGUGGGUGUAUGCAUGAAUGACCUCUCGGAGGAUGUUAGCUAGGUCCAAGAUGGAACAUCCAUAUGGCCGGAUCCAUCAAAUCCUAGCACAGAGAAUUUGAGAUUUGUUGAAGAACAAAGUGUACGUGUGUAUUUGUGAUGUGCAAUUCGAAAUUAUCUUCUUUUUUACAAAAAAUUGGAACAAUCUUCUUUUUUAAGGAAGAACAGACCUUCA